CAACGGGCUGCUAUUUAAGAACCCGGGAGUUCAAGGUGGCUCACAUAUCAGCGGGACACGCGCGCACACUACGCACCGGAAUCGCUCCUUAACAGAGGAAUACGUCUGAACCCGUUUUUCGCUCGUUUUGAUUGGUUAAACAUUUCAGGAAAGGAUUGCUCCGGUAUUUGGCUGCUUAAAGCAUCAGUUUUCAAAGCAAUGAAAGGGUGGCCGGUUCGAUGUCUUUACUUUCUGGUGUUGAACGCAGCUGUGCAGAGUGUGACGUCCUUGGAAGAAGAACUCAGCGAUUCUAUUUUUGGAAACUUCCUGGAUCCUUUGAAAGACCUGUUUGAGCCGAGAGAGUUGGAGAGCAAUGCCACUGCGGUUAGGUUCUCCCUUCGCAAGCCCUCCAUGCCAGAGGAUGACCUCUGCUACCUCACCCCUGGCAAGCCUGAAUCCCUGGCCGCCUGCAGCUUCAACUCCACCUCCAAAACCUUCCUAGUGAUCCACGGAUGGACGGUCAGCGGGAUGUUUGAGAGCUGGGUGUCGAAGCUGGUGUCGGCGCUGUACCGUCGAGAGCACACGGCCAACGUGAUCGUGGUGGACUGGCUGGGCACGGCGCAGAACCACUACAUCGUGGCGGCCCAGAGCACCCAGCUGGUGGGCCAGGAGAUCGCAGGCUUCAUCGACUGGAUCGAGGAGACCACCAACAUGCCCCUUGAGAACCUCCACCUCAUCGGCUACAGCCUGGGGGCCCACGUGGCUGGGUUCGCGGGGAGCCACUCCACCAACAAAGUGGGCAGGAUCACAGGUCUGGAUCCGGCCGGCCCUGACUUUGAGGGCCAACACGCCCACCGGCGCCUCUCCCCGGACGACGCUCACUUCGUGGACGUCCUCCACACCUUCACCCGGGGCUCCCUGGGCCUAAGCAUCGGCAUCCAGCAGCCGGUGGGCCACGUGGACAUCUACCCCAACGGCGGAGGCUUCCAGCCGGGCUGCAACCUGCACGGCGCCCUGGAGAAGAUCGCUAACUAUGGAUUGUUUGCCAUCACGGACGCCGUGAAGUGUGAGCACGAGCGUUCCAUCCACCUGUUCAUCGACUCCCUGCUGAACGAGCAGACGGCGUCCAAGGCCUACCGCUGCGGCAGCAACCAGAUGUUCGACCGCGGCGUGUGCCUCAGCUGCCGCAAGAGCCGCUGCAACACGGUGGGCUACGACAUCAGCAAGGUCCGCAAGGCCCGCAACGUCCAGAUGUACACCAAGACCCGGGCCUCCAUGCCCUUCAGAGUGUACCACUACCAGCUGAAGAUUCACUUCUCCAGCAAGGUGAACCGCUCGGACAUAGAGCCUUCCCUCACGGUCUCGUUGUACGGAACCAAAGGAGACGCAGAGAACCUGGAACUCAAACUGAAAGAGAAGAUUGCGACCAAUAAGACCCACUCGUUCCUUCUGGUGACGGAGCAGGACAUUGGGGACCUCCUGAUGCUCAAGUUCCGAUGGGAGGAGGACAAAGGCUGGUCUGCCUCCAGCAUGCUGAAGAUGGUGUCUUCCUGGUGGUCCGGGGACCCCGACAGCUCCGACAUGGCGGUUCACAGGAUCCGGGUCCGAGUUGGCGAGACCCAGCAAAAGCUGGUGCUCUGCGUUAAAGACCCAGAGGCUCUCAGUCUGACACAGGAAAUCACGUUUGUCAAAUGUAGGGCUGACUGGAGGAAGACGGGGGCUAACAGAGGCACGCCCAAAUGAUUUACCCUAGAGAACCACUAAUACCGAAGAAAAGGAGUGACCAUUUUGACAAACCACAACAGCACUUAGUAAAUAACUUUGUACAGUUGUUAUUUAAUGCCUGAUGUCAUAUUACUGGCGUGUGUGUAUAUAUAUGUACAUAAAUACGUGUGUUAUUUAAAACCAAAGGUAUGUGAAUAGUAAGUAUUUUUUGUAAAAUAAGAGGUUUUUAUUUAGGACACAUAACGAGAAUAAUAGUAAAUAACCUCACCGUGACAAGAUAAUGUUUGGUACGUCUCGUAACUAUGGUACCCACAUUCUCCCCCCCCCCACCCCCGUUGCUACGUAGGAACCUGUUCGUCAGAGUUUUUCUGAGUGGAAGCACUGAGCUGUUUCAGUAGGCCUCCAUGUUUGUCAUGCUUGUUUUACAAGAACGAGUGUUAGUCCUAGUGUGAUGAUGGAUACAUAACGCACGGUACAUAUUGUUUCCCUGCUGUGUAAAAGGGUAGUUUUAUACCAUUUCAGUGGAAUUUUUCCCAAAUCCAAUUAUUUUGUUAUUCUUUUUACGAGGGGACACCUAAGAACAUAUAAUCCCUCCUGCUGACAUCUAUUGAGUAAGACCAGCUUAAUAGUUAAAUUGACCACAGAUGGAAACGUUGUAAAGUCAGGGUAUAUACGGACAUUAAAGAAGGUUCUUCCUGUGGUCGUUUCCGCAGUGGGCACAGGUAGUAACACAUCUCCACACUGACAUUCUUUGUUUUUAUCUUUGACCCGACGGGAUCAGAGCAUUCACCACUGUCCUUCCCAGCCCUGUGGCGCUGAGGAAAAUGUUUGUGUGCCUUAAUGUAAACCUUUGCCAGAUGUUGCUAGAGGAGGUGCCUCAUAUCCAAGAGCUUUAUUGCCGCUGCAUGGCCGUCAGAUACAUUUUGCACAGUUAAUUCUUGUCAGAUGGUCUCCAUGCAUGGUAUUUAUGAGGUAUUUUUGAUGGUACUAACAUUGGUACUGGUCAUCAUAUUGUUUUGUUUUGAAGCUGUUACCUUCAGUUUUUUUUGUCAGUUCCUGAUAUUUACCCAGCCUUUGUCCAACUACUGUGACAAUAUUUAGCUUUUUGAUUGAAUUAGCUUUAAUUGUACAAUUGUGUUGUAAUUGCAUAGGAGAUGGUAUUCGAGUUGAUUUAAAUGUUUUGUGACAAUAAUUGUUAUAUGAUUAAUGGUCUAAUAUUCUAUAACUCAAUAUUCCAAACAUAAUUUUAUUUAAUGAAUGGAAAGGGGAGCAUUUAACUAAACUAUGGCCCAAUAGUGAUCUGUACUGAACUUAAUUUGAAUUCCAUAACUUUUUUAAAGUGCUUAAUGAAGAGGGAAAUACUCACACUGUUACACCGGGGCAGAUAUUACUGCACUUUGUUACUUUUUGUACGACACAAAGAAGUCGAAUGUACAUACUUGUAAAUAUUUCAUGUUUUCCCUGUAAAUACUUGGAAUAAACCAAAUCUAUAAUGUUA